GUUCGUUACAUAUAUAUAAGUAACGAAUUUUUUUAUUAUUGCUAAAGAAGGGAAACCAGACUCUACUGAUUCUUCAAAAAAGUUGUUAAUUUUUGGUUAGAUCCUUAAAAACAAAAACAAUUAGUAGAGCAUCUUGAAUGUGGUGCCGAUCAUGUUAUCGGUCGUUACACCAGAACCUUUCCCAAAUCGGGUAUCAGAUCUUGGCUUUAUCCGGAACAUCCUGCUUGCCUGCGUCAUUAUCACCUGGUUCAUAUCUUUGUAUCUCAUCCUCUCAAUUAUUUUUCAUCACGUUUCCAAAUCUAAACAAUUUCAGUCUCAAUCAGCAGUUCGCUUCCCACGUUGACAAAAUCGUCAAAGGUACAACCGACGGAAGGAAUGUCGCACUGCUUCGACGCUUGCUGUCGUCAACAGAUGAAUGAGAAACAACCAAGGAUGGCUCAGUCUUAACCCAACACUUGACAAUCGGGGUGUGAGUCUACUGAAGAACAGAAUGGCAAGACGAGUACUGGAGCAAGCAUUGAGAGCGGGUCGGGCUGAUGAAGAUAAGCUGCCAGAUACGUUCACAAAGGUGGAAGUAGUGAAGGAAGUUCGUGUAGAUGACUAUGCAAAGGGUGUGUUUUCUCUGCAGUUCAACUUUGAUAGCACUCUGUUGGCAGUUGGUUUUAAUGCAGGUGGAAUCAAGAUCCAUGAUACUAAGACUGGAGAAGAAACUAGUGUGUUGAGACCCUGUCGACAUGGAGGUUUUCCUAUCAUGUGCCUAAGAUUUCAUCCUAAGGUUCCUCAUAUUCUGUUUGCCUGUGAUGCUGAAGGCCAUAUUUACCAAUAUAAUCUGCAAGAUGGUACAUCUUCCCAUGUCAUUACUGAGGCUGGCAAUGAGAUAAAUGCUAUGGACUUUUCAGUUGAUGGGUAUAAUUUUGCAACAGCAGGAAGAGAUCUUUCAGUCCGAAUCUAUGACACAAAGACAUUGAGGCUGGACAAAACAUUUGAAGGUUAUGGAAGUGGUUCAUUUUUCAAAGGAUCUCAAGAUAUGGAAUGUGGGAACACCAUGAGAGUAUAUGCUUUAAAGUUUAUUCCAGAAAAUGAAUUUACGUUCAUAACUGCAGGAUGGGACAAUCAUCUAAAGAUUUGGGAUACUCGGAGAAAUGAUGGCAUGGUUAGACAGAUCCCAGGACCUCAUGUUUGUGGUGAUAGUAUUGAUAUAAAGGGCAAAACAGUCUUGGCCGGUUCCUGGCGUGCCAAUCAUGCACUGGAGGAAUACAACUACUUUAAUGAAAAACAAAAACCUAAAGAAAUCCCUUUUCCAAACAAAAAUGGAGCUUUCUUAUACUGUGCACAGUAUUGUGAAAAUAAUGUAGUCUUGGCUGGAGGCAGUGGUACUAACAGUGUUGAGGCAAUCGAGACAAGUACAGGAAGGCACAUUGGAGGAGUGAAGAUGUCUAGGACAGUUCAAGCCUUAGACUGUGCCAAUGGUGGUCGUGUGUUUGCUGUUGGUGGUGCAGAUGAUAUGUUUAAACUUUGUUCCAUGAAAUAAUAUUUUCCAUGCAGAGGGGUUUGUUUACUAUAUUUGUUUACAAUCAAAUCAAAACUGUUUGGUCACAGAUCCCACUUAUAAGUUCAUCUUUACAGAGUUGUGUUCAGGUGAACAGAUAUUAUAUUAUUCAAGCAUACCUGUAGUCAUGCUACAAAUAGGAUGUGGCUGUUUCAGGUCUGGCAGUUAUUUCUUUGUUAUCAAGAUAAAGUAAAAUAAGCAGAACCACAAAGGAAUAUGCAAAGAUAACAAUGAAGAUUGAAUAUCACAGUAUCACACUCAUUUUACAAUAACACAUCUACUACACAUGUAAUAUUCCUGACCUGAAUAAAGAACAAAAUUGAAUUGACCUUUUAAAAUGGUCACGUGACAGCAUCAAAUUCAAAAGCAGAUGUAACUGAAGUAUAUCAUUAUUCUUGUGAAGAUGCACUGACAUGAUUAUCAACUUAUUAAAUGACUUUGUUUCUAUUACCAUAUGGUAAUGGGUCAGUCAAUGCAGACUUCUGUAAACAGUCCUAAAUAUCUUAAAUAGUAGCUUAAUAGCAAUUCUUAAAAUUUUUUUUAAUGUAUAAAACAAUAUUUUUAUAAAGCA